GGAGCCCAGUCCCUGAGGCUGCAACCGCAGCACAACCACCGGAGCCCGGCGAUGAGUGAAGGAGCCGCGGUGUCGAGGAACUAUGAAAAAAGACUUAUCUUCAUAAUACUCCAGUAUUUCAUUGGAUCUGUGAUCUCAUCGAUGUGGGUAUUCCCUCCAACAAUGCAGAUUGCAGCCCUGCCUGCCCAUCCUGUGCACCUCUUGUUCAUGUCUUUCCAGCUUGAAACUGUGUGAGGGCAGUGAGCACAGACGGCAAUGACAAGUCUGAAUAGUAGCCAUGCAGAGAAAACUAAUGAUAUGCCAAAACCACCAUCAACUCCCAAAGUACAGGUCCAAAGGUCACUUUCACGAGAUACCAUCACCAUUCACUUCUCAGCAUCUGGGAAGGAGGAGAAAGAGGAGGAGGAGGAGUUCAGGGAACCUCCUGAUGAAGAGUUCGACGACCAAAGCAUUGUAACUGCUCUUGAAGCCAAGGAAGAUUUGUUCUUUGAACGUGGGCACCAUGACUUUGCUGGCCCUGCUACCUCACCUGUCAUAGCGGUUGUACAGUCUGUGUCCUCCCCUCCUCCCAUUUUGCCCGUUGCUGAGAAUGCUGUAAAAUUAUUGGAAUCCUCUCUGUCCCCAGCAUCUUCUCCAUCAGGUCCCAUAGUGAGCUCACCCAGUGUAUCAUCUCUAUCGGAGCAGAAAACCAGUUCCUCCUCUCCAUUGUCCUCUCCUUCCAAGUCUCCUGUCCUGUCAUCCAGUGCCUCUUCCUCUACCCUUUCUAGUGCAAAACCCUUCAUGAGCCUUGUCAAGUCCCUCUCAAUAGAGGUGGAGCCAAAAGAAUCCCCACAGCCCCCCAGGCACCGGCACUUGAUGAAAACUCUAGUCAAGUCUCUGUCCACAGAUACUUCCAAGCAGGAGCUGGACCCUCUGUCCUAUAAGCCACCUGACUCCAAACUGAAUUUACACCUCUUCAAGCAGUUUACUCAGCCACGAAACACAGGAGGAGAUUCCAAGACAGCUCCUUCUUCCCCACUGACUUCUCCCUCGGAUACUAGAUCCUUUUUCAAAGUGCCCGAAAUGGAAGCUAAAAUUGAAGAUACUAAACGGCGCCUUUCUGAAGUCAUCUAUGAGCCUUUUCAGCUCCUUAGCAAAAUUAUGGGGGAGGAAAGCAGUAGCCACAGGCCCAAAGCCUUAUCUUCAAGUGCUUCAGAGCUCUCCAAUCUUUCCAGCUUGAAUGGCCACUUGGAAAGCAAUAACAAGUACAGCAUCAAAGAAGAGGAAUGUGACUGGGAGGGGGACUGUGAUGGAAAUGACUCUAGUGUCAGUAGGGGUGAAUGCCCUAAGCCCUCUGAAGAAUCGGUAAGGGAGGUGGAACCCCAGGGCCCUCAAGUCAGCAGCGUCAAGGAUGCGAGUGCAAAGACUGCCUCCUCGGUACUUGAAAAAUGUUCUUUGUCUGCCUUAGUGAGCAAAGAAGAUGAAGAGUUUUGUGAGCUGUAUGCUGAGGACUUUGACCUGGAUGCCGAAGAAGAAAAUAAAAUUGAUAAGCCCCUAGACAGUUCUCUCAAGCCAGAGAUGUUUGAGGAAAACAAUACCAUACUUGACAGUGAACAUGAAAUGAAUCUGUACAUGCAGCAGCCUAAAUUACCAAUGAAGACACUAUACUUCCUUAUUUUGUUAGUCUAUGCGUACCUUAUACUCCCUCUCCCCAAUUAUGUGAAUGGACUCUGCUUGGGAUUUGGCCUCGGAUUUAUGAUUGCGGUCUGUGUGAUUUGGUUUUUUAUACCGCCAAGUGCUCAUAAAUAUCAAAGGCUACAUACAAGCCUAAAACACUGGAAUACAGAAUCUCUGGAUAUCAAAGAACCGGAAAUUCUGAAGGGAUGGAUGAAUGAGAUCUACAACUAUGACCCAGAGACGUACCAUGCAACUUUGACACAUUCAGUCUUUGUUCGACUUGAAGGGGAAACCUUGAGGCUUUCAAAGCCCAAUAAAAAUAUAUCCAGAAGGGCCAGCUAUAAUGAGACCAAACCUGAAGUCACCUAUGUCAGCCAGAAAAUCUACAAUCUUUCAGACAGUAAGAUUUAUCUUGUUCCCAAGAGUUUGGCUCGAAAACGCAUUUGGAAUAAAAAAUACCCUAUUUGUAUUGAAGUUGCUAGACAAGAUGACUUUAUGUCCAAGACCCAGCCUGAUAAAGAUGUUUCAGAAGAAAAGACUUCUUGUGAGAAAGACUCAGGUAGUGAAGAACAUAGGAAGUCAACCCUUUCUUCAGAUGGAGCAAAAUCCACAGGCCAGAAGGAUCAGAUACUAUAUCUCUUUGGGAGGACUGGCCGAGAAAAAGAAGAGUGGUUUAGGAGAUUUCUCUUAGCAUCCAAGUUGAAGUCUGAAAUCAAGAAACCAUUUAGUGUCCCUGGCAACCCACCAGGGUUCUUGCCUACACACAGCAGACACAAUAGCCAGUCCAGCAACCUAACCCACAGUCGCAGCAGCAGCAAAGGCAGUGUGGAAGAAUUUACGUCUCAGCCUAAGCAGAAGGAUCUAGCGGGCAGUGUACGACAGAAGAUGCUCCUGCACUAUGAGGUAUAUAUGGCCAGAUGUGUUCCAAGAGAAAUACCAAGUCCUCAGAGGAGCCCAGUACAGAGUGCAGAAAGCAGUCCUACAGCUGUCAAAAAGUUGCCCCCAGAGGCCCAACCCCAAGAAGAAGAGGAACAAGAAGCCUGGGUCAACGCCUUGCUUGGAAGAAUAUUUUGGGACUUUCUGGGAGAGAAAUAUUGGUCUCACUUUGUGUCAAAGAAAAUCCAAAUGAAACUCAGUAAAAUAAAGCUCCCAUACUUUAUGAAUGAGCUAACAUUGACGGAACUUGACAUGGGGGUAGCUGUGCCAAAAAUCCUUCAGGCCUUCAAACCGUAUGUUGAUCACCAAGGACUUUGGAUUGAUUUGGAAAUAUCCUACAAUGGGCCCUUUCUGAUGACACUUGAGACCAAAAUGAAUUUGACCAAACUGGGUAAAGAGCCUCUUGUUGAAGCCUUCAGAGUUGGAGAAAUUGGCAAAGAAGGUUUCAGGCCGAGGGCAUAUUGCCUUGCCGACAGUGAUGAGGAGUCCUCCAGCGCUGGCUCCUCCGAUGAGGAUGAUGCAUCAGAAGUGGUCGGUGGAGACAAGCAGCUCACUCCAGGGACUGAAGGGUAUGUUGGAGGAUACCGGACAAGUAAGAUUAUGAGGUUUGUGGACAAAAUCACCAAAUCAAAAUAUUUCCAAAAAGCAACUGAGACAGAGUUUAUUAAAAAGAAGAUUGAGGAAGUCUCGAAUACUCCACUGCUUCUGACUGUUGAAAUACAAGAGUGUAAAGGAACCUUAGCAGUUAACAUUCCGCCUCCUCCAACUGACCGAAUAUGGUAUGGCUUCCGAAAGCCACCACAUGUGGAACUGAAGGCUCGGCCAAAACUUGGUGAGAGAGAAGUGACUAUAGUUCAUGUAACUGAUUGGAUAGAGAAGAAACUGGAACAGGAGUUUCAGAAAAUUUUUGUCAUGCCAAACAUGGAUGAUGUUUAUAUCCCAAUAAUGCACUCAGCCAUGGAUCCCCGAUCAGCUUCCUGUCUGCUCCAAGAUCCACCCGUGGAAACCUCCGCUGACCAACUGUGACGUGUCAAGACCUGCAGUUUACAGUAUUAUGAGAUUGAUUACUCAUCAAGGUUUUUGGUUCUUUGAGCUGUGUUGUAGUUGUGCCCUUCACUUGUGCCAGAGAUUCCCCCCAAAGGCCUGCUUCUGCCGUGUCUCUGCCUGCCUGUUCCCAUUCCACUGUGAGGCGUCUCCCUGGGUCAGCUGUGAAGGUUUGCCUGGGGCAGAGGAUGAAAGAACUGUCCCAGCCCAUCCAGAAGUUCUAAGCACACAACAGAUAGAGUCAGAGCUCAUGCCUCCCAGGACUACAAAAAAUGCUGUGGCAACAAAAGGACAAAUAGGAAGCAAGAAGGGGGUGAGCCUAGGGAAGACACCCUCUUCUCCUCAGCUCCUCAGGGCUGGUCCUCAGGCAGCCUUGGUACAAAGGAACUGUUUGGAUUGUGUGGGACAGUCACAAACCCCACUCUGGGUGAUUCUGAUGACAGGUGUUUAUCAGGGAGGCACCACAUGGGACGAGGGUUGCUCUGUGACUGAUUUCAUUGGCAGUAAGGAGAUAGGCCUAGCAACUUUUUUUCACAUUAAAUUGCGCAUCUUUGGAAGCAAGUAGCCAUAAAAUAUAUACACACACUAACACACUCUCAGCCAGGGUGGGAAUGUUGGGCUUCUGUGAAACAGGCAAAGCCAUGAGAUCAAACCAUACCAAGCCUUUUACCAGUGAGGUACAAUCACAGUGCUUUGUAAUUUCUCUGAAUGUUUUUUGAAACAUGAGCACAUAUGAAAAUGUCUAACAUUGCACCCAGUGACCAGAAAGAUCCAAUUUUUCUGCUUGUAGAAAUACCAUGAUACCAUGGGGGGGUGGGAUGACCUUUGUACUUUACAGGCUUCCCAUCCAGUGUUUACUGUGUUAUACCUGGAAGUUUUAUAUAGGAAUUAAAAUGCUUACUAAAGUUCAUUGUAAACUGGUUUUAGGAACAGUUUCUUUUUCUAAAUAAUGGCCAAAAAUGGAAAGAAAACUGCUCCUGAAUUCUAUUUUGUUGUGAGAUUUAAAACCAAAAGUUUGCAUAUUGGAACACUACAUAGCUGAGAAUAAGCAUUUGUGACAUCUCCUUAAACGUUGCCAAAUUUUACUUUGUGUAUUUGUGUUAGAAUGUUCAUUUAGUUUCAGAAAGACAACCUCAUUUUUUACAUUGUGUUCAAAGUGGCAUUUGACCCAAAUCAAAAUUACCUUGUGUAACUUUGGAUAAUUUACCAUACAUACCUAACAAGACUAUGCUAAUAGUGGAGGGUUUAAAAAGGAAAAAACAAAACAAAAAAAACGUGCACCUUGCCUGAAUGUGAUUUAAAGAGAGCUUUUAAUAUAUUGAAGAAAAUGGUAUUUGAACACUUAUUUUGGUUCCUUUUAGUUGCAUUCUCUCUGACUAAAUUCCUCUUCCUUGACCAUUCCAGUUUGUGUCCAGUUCUGAUUCUUAUUAUGUAGGCUUAGCUGCCUUUCAUAAAGUCCGCACAUCUUGUUCACUGGUCUUUAUGAUUUGAUUUUUGUGCAAUAACUAAAAAUAAAAGGACGAGGUGCAUUAUUGUGUAGAGAUUACACACGAUUGUCUCCUGUUGCACUUAAUCGGAAGUAUGUGGGGAAUUACAAUCACUUGCAUUGUCUCACAAAAUAAAUAUCUCAUGUCUAAUA